UAAAUAAAUGAACGUGUAUGAAAGUAGAGGGUUGUUUCCGCGCGUCUGUUGGUUCCCCCUCCCUAUCUACAUUUAAACGUCUCAGUUUGGGCUACAUGUUUUCUUCUACUGACUCACCACACUAAAUGGACCCCUUCCAUUGGCGCAACUUCAACCACAACAAUCUUCCCUCCUUUUGGCCUAACUUCAACCACUACGACAUUCCCUUCGAUUGGCGUUACUUCAACGAGGCUGAUAUUCCCACUACUGAAUCUCUCAUGGCUGCCGGAGCCGAUCCUCGAUUCACCGCAUAUUUGUUAGAAGGUCACACCGACGACGAACAAGACGACGAAGAAGAUGACGAUGAUGAGGAGUACGUUCCCGAUGUUCAGUCCCCUAGGGUUUCUAACGAAGCUCCUCGUAAUUCUACAUCUGAUGAAGCAAUCGUUAUUCUCGACGAUGAACGUCAAAGUUCGGUUGAAAACGAAACAAACAAACGACGCAGAACUGAAGCGGGAGAGGCUUCGUCUUCUUCGUUACCAAAUGGAAGCGCAGACGGUAGUCAAGAGAAUGAAUGUAAUCUCGCCGACAUUGACGGUCUCAUUUGCCCUAUUUGUAUGGACGCUUGGACCGAUAAGGGUGAUCAUCACGUCUGUUGUCUUCCUUGUGGACACAUUUAUGGCAUGUCUUGCAUUAAAAAGUGGCUUCAACAGCGAAAAAAUUCGGGGAAGUGUCCUCAAUGUAAUAGGAAAUGUUCGAUGAAGGAUGUGAGGAAACUUUAUGCUUCUCGAAUAGUUGCUGUUGAUGAAGAAUCUCAGAAGAGAAUUCGGUCACUUGAGAUCAAAUGUGCUACUCUUGAAAGUAAGGAUGGUGAUUGGCGGAUGAAAGAAGCGGGAUGGAAGAAGAGAGAAUCUGCAUUGCAUCUUGAUGUUAAGAACCUUAAACAGAGACAGACUUAUCUGGAGCAGCUGGUACUAGAUAUGCAGAGCAGACAAUCUGGAUUAAUGGAUGCCAAUGGGAACUCUCAAUGGAGAUAUGAACCUGAGCGCAGCUGUAACCCGAGGUCCCAUGGAAAAGGAUCUUUUUGCAAUUUUGAAUUUCAGAAAGCAUUUCAUCUGGAAGGUGCUCGUGUAUUUGAUAUGGACACUUCUAAUGAAAUUUUAUUAGUCGCACAAAAGCCAAGAGCAAUGGGUGAUGUGCACUUGCUCACUAAAAUGAGCUUGAUAUCUCCAUUUGAGAUGCAAGAUAUUGUACUGCCUUCAUCUGCAAAUGGUAUUAGAGACCUGCAUAUUUCUCCUUUUGAUAGUAGACAGGCCCUUUAUGCUUCGUUAGGGAAAAAAUUAUCAGUUCUCAGCUUCGAAAGUGGCACCCCUGUUCUCAAUUAUGAUCUACAGGUUUCUGCUUGGUCCUGUGCAUGGGAUAUUAACAGUACACAUUACAUCUAUGCUGGGCUGCAGAAUGGUUCUGUCCUGGUGUUUGACAUGAGACAAACUGCAGGACCCUUAAAAUCUUUAGCUGGGUUGACUUGCAACCCUGUUCAUAGUGUGUAUUCUCUUGCAGAAACAUCAAGUCUUCCUUCUGGUGCCAGAACCAUCCUAUCCGCAUCUGCCAUUGGCCCUUGUCAGUGGGACAUUGAUUCUGAAGAACGGCCAUUUAUGGUUCCUGAGACUGAUAAUCAAGGAGUUUGUAUAUCUCUUGCCUAUUGCCCGAGCAGUGAUGACAUUGUUGUUUCAUACCGUCCAAAGUUCAACACAUUGAUGGAUGCGCCUCUUUCUCAACCGUCGCCCACUCCUUAUCAUGCUGUUGGACAAGGAGUACAGGGAUGUCAUGUAUUGUUAAAGAGAACAGGCAGUCAUAAUUUCGAAAAGAUGGGUUCCUCGUAUGCCAAUGUUAGUAAAAUUCGACUACCAAAAUGUGUAAUUAUAGACAUAGACAAUCAGAAUAGAUUGUUUGCAUCGGGAGAUGAAGUUACAGGUGACUUGGUCUUGCAAGAAUUGCCAUCUUUUAGAGUUAUUCAGCAAUUCAAAAUGCCAGCUCAGGCCCGUGAUAUUAGGUACUCACCUAGCCAUGGAAUACUUGGUUGUUUAAGUGAGAACUCAUUGCAACUUUUCCGCACCAAUCUCUCUUGAGUAAGGUAAUUCUGUACUGGGUUCAUUAAGUUUUUUGUUGUUUUUUUUUAUCUUAGAAUUAUAGCUGUCCGUAAAGUAGUUCAGAUAUUUAUUACUUUGCCUCGAGCCUGUGAAUGAAUUGUUCAUUUUUCUCUAAUUAUUUUGAAAGGGCAUUUCUUUUGUAACUGUUGCUUUAUUUUAUAAACUAGACUGUAAAAUUGAUAUUGGAAUUUGUAUUUUCUGACGGUAAUGGAUAUUCUAACAUUAAUGACAAAGUAUGUAUUGACCGGAAAUCAAAGAAGAUCGAUUUGAGA